AUGUCUCGGAACGACAACAAGGUUUGCGAUGGCUGUAAAGACAGCUACCACAGACUCAUGGCACAAAAUGUGCCGUGUAUACCAUGUGCUAUAGCAGCAACACAAAUAGAUAAGGUGAAUAUGGCCCAGAGCCAGGUUACCUCGCUAAGCGAGGAACUCGCCAAAUCAAAAGAGAGGGUAGAAACCCUCUACAAACAAAACAUUGACCUGGUACAGGUCAACGUAGAAAGCUCGCAAAGAUCAGAGAGAGCUCUGAAAGAAGCGCAGGGAAAAAUCCUUGCGCUGAACAAACGAGUUGUAGAGCUCAUGAAGGAGCUAGAAAAACAAAAAAAUCCGGAAAGUGCGGGCGAAGCCCAGUCACAGAUGGAUACGAAUGAAAAAGAAGAGGCUCCGAAGGACCUCACAUUGAUUAUCGGGGACGGGAUACUCGUUCAAAUCAUGAAGGAAAACCUUCCAUGGUUCAAACCCCUGUUCAAGAAGGGCUUGCUUGUAAGACAAGCCAAAUCGAAUAACAAAUCUCUCCCGUACUUCCUUGAGUCAGUGAGAAAACUCACAAAAGACGCGGUCGAAGGCCGCGUCAUAAACAUCUUGUGCUUCCUAGGCACUUCCGAUCUCCUAGGCAAAGACUAUGAGAUUGGCCAGGAAGAAGAAGACGAUAAUGAAUACGAUGAGGACUCGCGACAUCCAAUGAGUGACCUCGAGGAGUCAGAGGAGCCAACGGUCACAACGCCUCCGCGAUACACGUCCAACACCGAUGCUCGAUCGCGAGUGUGCGGCCCCAAAGAGACCCAGUGCGACAACGGGAAGUGUUAUCCCUGGAUCAAGAGGUGCGAUGGCAUCUUGGACUGCGCGGAUUCCUCUGACGAGGCAGGAUGUCUUUGUCACCCGACGAAGCAGUGGCAGUGUGACUCGGGGGUGUGCAUCUCGCGCGUGCUGAGAUGCAACGGUCACGCAGAUUGUCCCGGUCCUAAGGAUGUUUCGGACGAAAUCAAUUGUCACGGCGAGUACAGCGACAACUUCGACAAUUUCGACAGGAAGGAAUACAGCGAUAAUCUUCUGUUUCUCGGUGACGACUGGAAAGUUUGGGAUCCUUCGCCGAGACGUCGACCCAACACGUACGAUGAGAAUACUACUCCUUUUACGGUCAGUCGCCCCCGAUUCGAGCCCGUCAGUACCACCACGUCUCGCUGGGAUGUUUACGGCCCGCUCCCGGAUAGUCUCGCGCCUCCCUUCGAAGACGCUCAGAACGUACCAUCGACUUACGCUCCCUAUACGCCGAGUUGGAACUCUCCACCUCAAGAUCGUUACUAUCCGCUGAACUAUCCGACGGUGACGACAGCCGCGACCCCGCCACCGACUACGAGACCGCCAGCGGUGGAAAAUACAACACCAGCCGCCGCAAGUUCCCCCGCGGUUGCACCCCCGAUGAUAUUCAACGAAGUCUGUGUUCCCAAACGGCAUUUCCAAUGUUCGUCUGGCCAAUGUAUUCCCAGGUGGCAGAAAUGUGAUCGAGUUGCGGACUGCUAUGACGCUUCAGAUGAGAAGCAAUGCAGAUCUUGCGACGACCGACUCCACUUCACCUGCGCAAAUGGACAAUGCAUUGCCAAAGAGCUCCUCUGCGACGGCUGGAAUGAUUGUCGGGACAAGAGCGAUGAGAGACACUGCAGUGCUGCUGUACAGUGUCGCGCGUCCGAGUUUCGAUGCCGGGACGGGACCUGUAUUCCUCGGUCGGGUCGAUGCAACAAUCGUCUCGACUGUCGCGACGGAAGCGACGAAGGCUCGUUCUGCUCGAACAGCCCCGAUGUUCCCGUUUGCAAAACCAACGAGUUCCGAUGCAGCGACAACCGCUGUAUCCCUGAUUCGAAGCGUUGCGAUCGACACAAAGACUGUCCCGCAGGAGAUGAUGAACGUGAUUGCGAAUCGGAUCGAAGCUGCGCGGCUCAGGAGUUCAAAUGCCCCGACGGCAUCUGCAUUCGUCAAACUCAACUCUGCGAUGGCGUUUCCGAUUGCGGCGACGGCGCUGACGAGCUCAAUUGCAAGCAGCACAGUACGGUUGAGAACGAAUUGAGUCAUAAAGGCGACGACGAGAGAAGUCUCAAGCACAGGGAGCACGAGCGACGCAGACACCAGGAACUGGAGCGCCGUCGCCUCGAGGACGCUCGUCGACGUCAGCAACACGAGCAGCAACUACAGAACGAGAGACGAAGAAUCGAAGAAGAAAAGCGUCGGGCGGAAGAGGCUCGCAAAACUCGAGAGCACUGGGAACGCAAGGAGCGUCUACAGGAAGAGGAAGAGAGACGCAAAAAACUUGACGAACAGAAUCGACGGGAACAGGAAGCCACCAAGUGGCUCGAGUCCAACUUGAUGGAAUACGCCAAUAAUGUGACCGACGGCCUGCAAAAACACGGCCAGUGCUUUCCUGGAGAGUUUUCGUGUAGAAACCGUGAACAGUGCGUUGCGGCUGAGCGAGUUUGCGACCGACGCAUGGACUGCUCCGAUGGCUCUGAUGAAGCCAAUUGCUGUGGACCCAACGAGCAUCGCUGUGGCGACGGACUGUGCCUUCAGCGUUCCCAACACUGCGAUGGGAUCCCCGACUGUUCCGAUGGCUCCGAUGAAGUCGAUUGCCCCGAUCGAAAACUUUGUGGAGCCUCGAAGUUUCAUUGUGGCGAUGGCCAGUGCAUCAAAGACACCCUACGGUGUGACGGAUACUAUGACUGUAACAAUUUCGCGGAUGAACAGGAUUGUGAAUUUCACCACUGUGAGGCGUCACAGUUCAAAUGUCAGUCAGGACUCUGCAUUGCCCGGGACGAAUUCUGUGAUGGGGUCCCGCAGUGCCCAGACCGCUCGGAUGAACUCGAGUGCUGGCGUUGUCAUCCCUCACAAUUCACAUGUGCCAAUGGGCAGUGCAUUGAGCGAGCUCAUCGCUGUGACGGCAAAAUACACUGUGCUGAUAACUCUGAUGAAGCUGGAUGUUCGGUGAACGAUAUCGACGUCCGGGUCUACCCAUCGGUUCUGAACGAGACCGCAGGUCACAACGCAGUCUUGAGAUGUCGUGACGAAGGUCCUCGGCGUCUCAAGGUUCACUGGACCCGAGCUGACGGCCGACCCCUGAAAGCAGGACACACCGACGUUCGCGGACGAUUGACCCUGGUCAAGGUCGAAGCUGAAGACGCAGGAGUAUAUCUCUGUGUGCCGACAUCAGCAGAUGGCGAAGAGAUUCGUGCCGGACAAAGGAGCGCUAUUCUCGUCGUUCUACCCCCGUCCGAAACCAGACCAGUGAUCGUAAGAAACCCCAAGGAUGAAGCCCAGAACGGGACGACGGGAUGCGAGCGCGACGAGACCAUGUGUCAGAACGGUCAAUGUAUUUCGAGCAAGUACCUUUGCGAUGGGGAUUAUGAUUGUGAGGACGACUCCGAUGAAAAGAACUGUGCUCAGCAAUCGGAGUGCGAACCGAAUGAGUUCCAGUGCGCGAAUAAGAAAUGUUUCCUCAAAGCUUUCUGGUGCGACGGCGACAACGACUGCGGGGAUAAAACCGACGAAAUGGACUGCAAAACCGUGGUAGUGGGCUCAGCCUGUAAUCAGAGAGAGUAUCAGUGUCAAUCACAAGAUCAGUGUAUACCCCGCUCAUUCCAAUGCGAUGCCGAAUUCGACUGCCAAGACAAAUCAGACGAAAUCGGCUGCGGACCACCAAUAAUUGUCACUCCUCCUCCGAAGGUGGUGACAGCGUCCGAAGGAGACACUGUCAACAUCAGUUGCGGAGCAAUCGGCAACCCGGAACCGUUUAUAAGCUGGAGAAAAAACUGGGGUCACAUACCUCCGCCUCCUAGAGUCACCACUGGAUCAGAGAAAGGCGUCGGUAUCCUGACGAUUCGAGACGUUUCCCGUUCGGAUCAAGGCGCUUGGACUUGUGAAGCCAUGAAUGCUCGUAAAAACGUCCUAGCUGUGCCGGAUACGAUCCUAGUCGUAAAAGCCAGAGGUUUAUGUCCGGCUUCGAAGUUCAAUGACAAAGCUACCACGGCAGCCGAAUGCAUCGAUUGUUUUUGUUUCGGUGUAUCGAAAAAUUGCCGAUCGAGCAAUAUGUACAGAGUCCAAUUGAACACGAGUGUUUUGUCAGUCCACGCCUUGGAAUGGAGCAAUACCCAAGGAUACAAAGAAGUAUCCUCCAAGUACAGCCCGCUGCACAAGGCGAUAUCGCAUAGGGGCGUGGAGCACGUUAUCGAUGGAACACUUAUCGAGCGUUUAGACCAUAACCACAAAUUAUACUGGAGCGUCACACAGGAUUUGAUCGGCGGCAGAGUCGCAUCCUAUGGAGGAUUCAUCCGAUAUUCCUUCAAAUUCACGACAAGUCCCACGGAGGAACGAAAAUCUCCGGACGAAUUCGCAGAUAUCGUCCUGCGGGGGAACGACAUCGAGAUUUUCUAUCGGUCGGGAGUCCAAUACGCUCCGGAUCGGGAACACAGUGUGAACGUGCAGCUGAUUGCAGUGAGUGCAGCCUAAUUUUCGCGUGAUGCCGCCACAUUCGUCGAGGCUUGUCACAGAUGAGAGGUGGAUUUGCAGCGCAACUUCACUCUGCCCGAUUCUUGCCAGGGUGCGUGGCAUUACAAAUCAUCGUCGACGUCAUCGACUCCUGCAAGUCGGGAAGACAUCAUGAUGGUUUUGGCCGAUCUCAACGGUUUCCACAUCCGGUGCAGUUAUUCCAACAGUUUCCUCCAAGCCAGCAUAAAGAAUGUUGAAAUGGAUUCGGCCAGCUACUCGAAUCCUCAAGGCGUGGCAGCGCACCUCGUAGAGCAAUGCACGUGUCCCGCAGGGCACGUAGGGCAUUCAUGUGAGCAAUGCGCUGCCGGAUAUGUUCGUCGGCAGAGCGGCGCCUACCUUGGCGCUUGCAUCCAGGGAGUUAUCCCGUGUCAAUGCAACGGUCAUUCGAACACUUGUGAUCAAACGACGGGAAAGUGUCUGAAUUGCCAACAUAACACGGAUGGAGCCCAUUGUGAGAAAUGCAAGAGGGGCUUCUACGGCCAAGCUCACCGCGGCACUGCUUUCGACUGCCGACCGUGUCCUUGUCCACCAAUAACGGUUCCCCCGCACCUUUUCACAAGUCGCAUCACCGGCUAUCCUGCCGAAUGGUUCGCUCCGUCGUGUCAACUCGACAAAGAUAAUGAGGUGACAUGCCUCGCAUGCCCCAUCGGCUACGAAGGCCGCAGAUGCCAAAACUGUGCCCACGGAUACGAACGAAGUGAUCUCGACAACACGUGCAGACUCUCAGAGUGCGAACUGGGUCAGUAUCAAUGCGGAGACGGCAGCUGCAUCUCUCGGAGACAGCGCUGCGAUGGCAAAUACGAUUGCGAAGACUUCUCCGACGAGCAAGGCUGCGCUUGUACACUCAAUCAAUACAAGUGUCGCGACGGUGUGUGCGUCGAUGCCAGCGCGCGUUGCGACGGGCGCGCGGAUUGUCUAGAUAUGUCUGACGAACAGAAUUGCGGCGCUGUCCGAUGCGAUGCGGCUGGCUCGUUGAGCGCCGACCCCUCGCCCAGCACAGGACUAUGUCAAUGCAAACAGUUGGCCACAGGAAUCGCGUGCGACACUUGUCGCUCCAACUCGUUUUAUCUACAUGGUGAAGCUCCCCAUGGUUGUGUCCGAUGUUUUUGUAUGGGAGUCACAACUGUGUGUUCAUCGUCCAACUUCUAUCGGGAGCAGGAAGUUCUGCGAUUCACAACAUCGACCGAAGAAGUCCAAAUCACUGACCAACAACGUACCGGGAGUUCAUACCUGAGCUUGAAGGUGGAAAAUGCCCGACGCGAAUUAGUCUACACAGAGAACUCGAGCUUCGGAUCCGACGUUGUUUACUGGCAACUCCCCGAUCGGUUCUUGGGGAAGAAAAUUUCGGCCUACGGUGGGGAAUUGCGCGUGAAACUGCGUUAUGAGGGGAGCGGAGUCUACCGAGACAUCGAACCGGACGUCAUACUCGUUGGGAUGCGACUCGUGAUUCAUCACAGAUUCAGAGAUCGCUUGCUCGGCAUGUUCCCCCAACAGCUCUCCGUCAAGAUGUACGAGACGUCUUUCGUGAAAUCCGAUGGCCAUCCGGCGUCGCGGGAGGAUCUGAUGUUGGUUCUCGCUAAUCUUCAGGCCGUCCUGAUCAAGGCAACCUACGUGGACGAUAUAGAACUCGCCGCACUCAUCGAAGUGACGUUGGACGUAGCAAUCGCUCAAAAUACCGGCCAGACUCAAGCAUUGACGGUGGAAAAAUGUCGAUGUCCCAGAGGUUACCGGGGGCUUUCCUGUGAGGAUUGCGACCGAGGGUACACGCGAUCCGCAUCUGGCCCAUAUCUGGGUCUUUGUGAGCCUUGUUUCUGUAAUGGGCAUUCAAGUGACUGUGAUCCUGAGACAGGAAUAUGCCGUGAUUGCCAACAUAACACUGUCGGAGAUUUCUGUGACGAAUGUGCGUCGGGAUUCGUCGGCGAUGCGACUGGUGGAACUCCGAGCGACUGCGUCGAUAUAUCAGAGCCUUCGUGUCAAUGCAGCGAGGCGGGCAGCACGGGCCCGGAUUGCGACAUUAGUGAGCAAUGCGCCUGCAAAGCAAGCGUCGAAGGCAAGAAUUGCCAGAGGUGCAAGGACGGCUCUUUCCAUCUGGAGAAGGAGAACCCCCACGGCUGUACGCCGUGUUUCUGCUUCGAAGUAACUUCGAAGUGCGUUUCGAGCACCUACUACCGAUCCGAGAUUGCGAUGGCAUUGGCCGAGCUGGACGAUCCGUUCCAGCAUAACUUCCAGCUCACAGAUCGGCUGCAAAUGCAAGUAAUCACCGAAGGGAUCGUGGUCAACCCAACCCAGAACUCGAUAUCGUUCGCGUCUUUCUCGAGUCAAGAGACCCUGUUCUGGUCGCUGCCCGACCAGUUCCUCGGAAACAAGCUGUCGUCUUUCGGAGGCCGCCUUCGCUUCACGAUACACUUCACUGCGGAAACCGAUGGCGAGGGAUUCGACGAUGCAGACAUUCAGAUAACGGGGAAUGGUAUCACCUUGUUCAGCGUGCUGCAUCCGUCACCAAAUCCCUCAGAAAGCACAACCUACAACGCGUCCCUGCGCUAUACCGAAUGGAAACAUUUCGACCCGGAGCGAGCGGUUUCGAUCGGCGCGACUCGGGAAGAUCUACUCAAAGUCCUUGCAAACAUCGAAGUUCUAUUGAUACGAGCCACCUAUAGCAAUCGAAUGGUACACACCUCUCUCCAGGAUGUCUACAUGUCCAAUUCGGUUCCUUACGUAACAGAAGACGGUCUUGCGCGUGAAGUUGAACAAUGUACCUGCCCGCCCGGAUAUGUCGGAUUGUCUUGUGAAGAAUGUGCCCCGGGCUAUCUGAGAGAUUUAAGUCUGCCCCACGUGAUACGCUGCUCACGAUGUCACUGCAAUGGACACUCCGAGUCGUGCGAUCCAAAAACGGGACAAUGCACGAGGUGUAGACACAACACCACCGGUACCCAUUGUGAUCGCUGCGAAGAGGGAUAUUAUGGAGACGCGACCGUCGGUACUCCGGAGGACUGUAGACCGUGCCCUUGUCCUCAUAUGCAAGAAUCCAAUCAAUUUUCCAAGACUUGUUUUCUCGACACCGAUGGUCAGGCUACAUGCAAUGAUUGCCCUGACGGUUACCUCGGACGACAUUGCGAGAUGUGUGUACCCGGGUUCUUGGGUAAUCCCGUGCGACUGGGAGACAAAUGUGUACCCUCUGAACACCACAACAAAAGCCUCGGUGCUAUCAGACUCCGAAUCCAUCAUCCGAAAGUGCUCCGAUUGGUUCCCGGCGAAUCCGCUGUGUUGCGUUGCAGCGUGGUCGGACGAACAACGGUUCCGUAUUUGAUUAACUGGUUCCGUGAGAAGGGUCAGCUCCCUGCUCGAGCGACCGACAAGGGAGGCGUUCUCACGAUCACGGACGUUCGUCUCGACGAUAAUGGGACUUACGUCUGUAUGGCACACGCGACUGAAGCGACGCCCCAUCUAGCGACGUCGAGUCAGGAAAAAGCCGCCAUCAUAGUCGAAGGUCUGGAGCUGAAAUACGUCCCCAGAGUCCGCAUUGAGCCACGUUUCCUCGAGGUGAAUGCGGGUCAACCGGUGGUGUUCCGCUGCAUAGCGGAUGGCUAUCCACUACCGGAACUGCGCUGGGAGAAAUCCGGAGACGGCAUCGUAUCACCGAACUCCACUUUCGUGGAUGGCUCGUUCAGGAUCGGUUCGGCGCGAGGCUCCGAUGAAGCAGAAUAUUUCUGCUCUGCAAUUAAUUCUGCCGGGUCUCACAAGGCUCGAGCCGUUCUCUUCGUCCAUGGAGACGAUAUCGGAGCUACUCGGGCGCCUCAGGUUUCUGUGAGUCCUCACAAUGUCGAAAUCGUAAAAGGAGAAAACAUAUGGCUCCGCUGUUCUCCCUCGGGACAUCCGGCUCCGAAUAUCACCUGGAAAUUUUCCAAUGGUCUUCUGCCGCACAAUACGCAACAAGUGGGAGCCCAGCUCCUGAUCUACGACGCGCAAGAUCACAACAAGGGAAGCUACUCAUGUGUUGCCAACAACAAAUACGGAACCGGGGCCGCUGACGCAAAAAUCACUAUUGUCAACAACCGGAGCGCACCGGUGGUCCAUAUUCAACCCGAGAAGCAAACUGUCCGCGAGGGAGAAGAAGUUCACAUCAAAUGCUUGGCGAGAGCCAAUCCCGAGGCGACGAUAACGUGGUCUCGAAUCGGAGCCAAUCUGACCUUCCGACAUGUGUUUGUGAACGAUGAGCUCGUUAUUGAAUCCGUACAAGUUUCCGAUCGAGGCAUGUACGUGUGCACCGCUGAAAACCGCGAGGGGUCAUCUCAGGCCACCGGACUCCUCGAAGUUGAUCGACGUGAGCCUCCACAAAUCGAUAUUUAUCCCGAAUGGAUCGAGCCCGUCGAAUACGGCGCUGCCGUACUGGUUCAGUGUCGGGUUCUGUCAGGUAUACCGAGUCCGAGAGUCGAGUGGUCACGGAAGGAUGCCGUGCCGCUGUCAACAAGCAUCGACGUGUCGGUUCCAGGAAUACUUCGCUUCAACCGGUUCACCGAAAUGGACGCUGGAACGUACGUUUGCUCGGCGGAAAAUAUCCUCGGUUCGGUCACCGCGUCGGUUGACCUACAACUGAAAGGUGUUCCCGCGAUCCGAAUACUCCAACAGAAUCCGUACGUAGCACAAACCGGCGAUUUCAUCCGAUUGGAUUGCGUCGCCCGAGAUGCCACCGCAGCAAAGUCGAUCCAAUGGCACAAGCUCCACCAGGCGAUCACGACGUACUCCACUCAGAACGCGCACGGAUCUGCUCUAUCUCUGACGAUUCGUCGCGUGGCACCGAGCGAUGCUGGUUUCUACGUUUGCAAGUCGAAACAGGAUGACCGAGAGGUCGAAGAACGAAUUCACGUCAUAGUCGAGUCAGGGAUCGAUGGCGUUCCGUCGCUGCAUCUGGAUCGCGAUGUUGUUUCCGCUCAGUUGGGGAGUCAAGCCGAGCUUCGCUGCCGGCUAGAGGGAAACGAUAAAAACAUCCGUCUCGGGUGGAAUAAGCUGGACGGACGACCGCUGGUCGCCGACGGCGAUCAGAUCGUCGUCGAAUUCGGAACUGUGCAUUUCAAGAGCGUGACGGAGGAGGACGCGGGUCUGUACGAAUGUCGAGCCGUUCAAGACUCCAGGCUGCUGUUCUCGAGAGUCACCAGAUUGGCAGUAGUCGGUGAGUAUCCUCGGCUUCCAGGUCCGCCCCGUAUCACGGUGAAUCCAUCGGAACAAAGCGUGCAUCCAGGUGAGGAUGCCAGAGUCACCUGUAUGGCUUGGGGUAAUCCCCCGCUCAGCCUGCACUGGACGAGAGACGAUGCUCCUCUUCCGCUCAACGCCUAUAUCUCGAGUGGUGGCCAACAUCUAGAAAUGAGGGGUAUCCAAAAACUGGAUGCUGGACAAUACAGAUGCACGGCCGUGAACGCAGCGGGUCUGGCGUCGGCCACAGCUAAGAUCGUCGUCGGUGAAUCCAAUCCCACCAAUGCUGGCGGUCGCAGAGGCGAGGAGACCGUUCUAUUGGGAGCGAGUAUAGACCUCAAAUGCCCUUCGAGCGGAUCAGUUGAGAGACACGUGGAAUGGGCCCUAGAGAAGCAGAAUCUACCGGCGCACAUUAAGAUACAUCGAGGAGCUCUUCGUAUAGCUAACGCUACGCUCAAGGACGCCGGCAAAUAUGUUUGCACGAUAAAAACUAAAGAAGGGAGAAUACUCGGGAAAGACUUCGUCAUGCUCUACGUACGAGAAGCAAAUUCGAUCGAAGUUGCGAUUCGGUCUUCAAAAGAAAUAAUCCUGGCUGGCGAUACCGUAGACCUGCUCUGCCACGUCACCGGGACUUCGCAGAGACCGAAAGUCCUCUGGAGCCGCAUGGGAGCCUCCUUCCUACCGGACAAUGUUCUCGUUGCUGGGAACAUGCUAACUAUAGCUGGAGUACGAGCGGAGAAUGGUGGAGUCUACCGCUGCCUCGUGGAAACAGCUGAGGGAUCCUUCCACAAGGACUUCACCUUCGUCAUCCAGAGAAUGCCCACCAUUGACCCGACCAAAGUUGAUGUUAAACACGUUCUCGUCGGUGGAGCUUUCGAAAUCAUCUGCAACUCUUCACUCGAAGAGCCCGUUUCGUACACUUGGACGAAACUUCCGUCAGGCAAACUACCAACGAGAGCACGAGUGCGAGAGGAACUUCUGGUUCUCGCCGAUGUCACGUCGGAGGAUGCGGGAACCUAUAUAUGUAUCGCCAAAAACAAGCUUUAUCGGCUUGAAGUUCCAACGCACGUAAUCGUCACGGGUUCGAUUCCCCGAUUCAACCAAGCUCCCCUGUCUUACCUGGAACUCCCGUCGAUCCCGGACUCCUACAAGAAAUUCGAUAUGCAAAUUCGCUUCAGACCUGACAAAGAGGAAGGUCUGCUACUAUACAAUGGCAAUGAAGGCCACGUGGAAACCGGGGAUUUCAUCUCUCUCGGUUUGACCAAUGGCUAUGUGGAGUUCCGAUUCGACAUCGGAUCUGGUCCUGGCCUACUCAGAACGCCAUUGAAAGCCUCCCUGGACGAAUGGCAUGUGGCGAAAUUCGGACGCUUUCUUCGAGAGGGAUAUCUCCAACUCGAUGAGGAACCCGAAGUGCGAGGAACGUCUCGAGGGGCGAUGACAGGACUCGACCUCAGAGCCCCGUUGUACAUGGGGGGAGUUCCUGAUUUCAAGAAAAUCUCGAAGGCCAACGGUUUCACGACUGGAUACAUCGGAUGUAUCAGCGAGCUACUUAUCGGCAAUAGAUCAGCUGCUCUCCAGCAUGCCAAACAUGAGGGCGUGGGUGAUUGUGACACCUGCGCCUUGAAUCCUUGCGCCAACAGCGGUGUGUGUCAACCGUCUCCUUCCGCUACUGGAUACAUCUGCCUCUGCAUUCCCGGAUUCACCGGUGAUAAUUGUCAGCAUACCGGCGAAGCGUGCUACCCGAGCGUGUGUGGUGAAGGCGUUUGCGUCAAUAGACCUCGCGGUGGCUUCGACUGCUUCUGUCCGUUCGGCCGAUCCGGACUCAGAUGCGAGAAACAGGUUUCGAUCCUGGAGCCCUCGUUCGAGAACGACGCGUAUAUCGCAUACCGCCUACCACCGAGGAUUAAGGAUAAAUUCAAUGUGUCGAUGAGGAUUAAGCCGCGCAAACUCGAAGACUCCUUGAUAAUGUAUUCGGCUCAGAACGAAGUCGGUCAAGGCGACUUCGUGAUGCUCGGCAUUAGGAACAAAACUCUGGAAUUCCGCUUUAACACAGGCUCGGGGAUGGUCCUGAUAAAGAGUCACGACGUUUUGAAGCCGAACGAGUGGGUUCAUGUUGAGGCAUCAACGAUCGCGAAACUCGGCCAACUUAUUGUCAGGGGUGAGCGGUUCACGGGCACGAGCAAAGGCAAGACGAAGGGGCUUGAUCUGGAGUUGCCUCUAUACGUCGGAGGUGUCUUGAAGGAAUCGGUCAAACUGCACUCUGAUGUUGGCGUUCAGCAAGGUUUUAGCGGAUGUGUGGCGCACAUUGAGGUGAAUGGCAUCGGCCUGGAUUUAGCGACAUCGGUGAUCAGCGCAGCUAAUAUCGACAAUUGUGGCGGCCGGGCACCGUGCCACAUCAAUCCCUGUUUGAAUGAGGGCAUAUGCAGAGCAAGAGGCGCCGGGUCUCAGGAUUAUGAGUGCAUCUGUCGCUUGGGUUACGAUGGGCCCAAUUGCGAGCGAGAAGAUUCGGUUUGCCACAGAGAAAAACCUUGCCACAACGGAGCCGUGUGUCGAGCGCUGAAUGUCACAGCAUUCUCCUGUGCAUGCCCGAAGGGAUUCGGGGGCUUGCGUUGCGCUGAGAGCUUGGAGUUCCAUCAAAGCGCUCAGUUCAACGGCAAUGGCUGGCUCCAGCUAGACAGGGGAUAUCUUCCGCACAAAGACGAAGAAACGGUUAAGCUAAGUUUCAGCACAACAGAAAGAGACGGUAUACUUGUAUUUCACGGACAGAAGCCGGAAGCUGAGGCGAAGCUGACAGAUUAUCUCGCUCUGGUGAUCUCCGAAGGUUUUCUUCUGUACACAUUCGAUAUGGGUAGCGGAGCGGCCACUAUCAGAACCGAUGUGAGAGUGGAUGACGGUGAGCUGCACACAGCGGAAAUUUGGCGUAAAGAGAAACAAGGCCACCUCACUCUCGACGGCGUUGAGUUCAAAGGCACUUCGUCGGGAAAUCUCGUCAUGCUCAAUACGGAGGGCGACAUCUAUCUGGGCGGCUUGCCCGACCCUCAGAAAAUGACCGCAGGACGAUUCGAGACCAACUUCAAGGGCUGCAUUCACAACGUGCAUGUCCAGAAGUCGUCAAUGCUCGACCUAUUCGAAAUAGCGGUCAACUCAGUCAACGUGGCCGAAUGCGGCCAAGAAGCUCUCGCCAAUAGCAGCCCGACUUCGUCCCAAGGCUCUCCGGAGCUCGAGUGAGCUCCGUAUCUCGAAAUGAGCGUGAGAGGGGCAGAACCUUCGAGCCUCGAAGGGAAUCGAUUCCGACGCUAUCGUGCUUCCGGAUCGCCAUCGAAAAUCGUGAAGAGAUUGUAUUAUGG